GAAGAGCUGGAAACACCUGACGGUAUCUUUGGGACAAUCCGCUCCAUAUUACUUCCCCCUUUUCUUCACUGUCGCGAGACCAAUCUACCUCCAGGCUUCAUCACUGCCGACUUCCAGUCUGACUCUCUCUCCUGAAAAAACUUCCAGAUCUCUCUCACUUUCCUCUCUCUUCACCCAAAGAAUCACCGAUAAGGAGACAUUGCACUACUACUACUAUAUAUAUCUAUAUUUUUAAAGCAUUUUGUUUUUGUAUUUAUUGUAAUUUGCACUAACGAUGCACACCACGCAAAAGGACACGACCUACACCAAGAUUUUUGUCGGGGGUCUUCCCUACCACACCACGGAUUCAAGUCUCAGGAAAUAUUUCGAGGUUUUCGGUGAGAUUGAAGAAGCUGUGGUGAUUACCGACAGACAGACCGGCAAGUCCAGAGGUUAUGGAUUUGUGACGAUGGCAGACCGCUCUGCCGCCGACCGGGCCUGCAAGGACCCCAACCCCAUCAUCGACGGCAGGAAGGCCAACGUCAACCUGGCCUACCUGGGCGCCAAGCCUCGAGUGAUGCAGCCAGGUUUUACCUUUGGUGUCCCUCAAAUUCACCCUGCUUUCAUCCAAAGGCCUUAUGGCAUCCCGGCUCACUACGUGUAUCCUCAGGCCUUCAUGCAGCCCAGCAUGGUGAUCCCCCACGUGCAGCCCACGGCCGCGGCCCCCGCCACCGCCUCCUCGCCGUACAUCGACUACACCGGGGCCGCCUACGCGCAGUACUCUGCCGCCGCCGCCAGCGCCGCCGCCGCCGCCGCCUACGAGCAGUACCCCUACGCCGCCUCCCCGGCCGCCACGGGCUACGUGGCCACCGCCGGCUACGGCUACGCCGUGCAGCAGCCCCUGGCCACGGCCGCCCCGGGCUCGGCCGCCGCCGCCGCCGCCGCCUUCGGUCAGUACCAGCCUCAGCAGCUGCAAGCCGACCGCAUGCAAUAGCAGCCACUGCAACCGGGGGACACGCAGGACGAGGAGGCCCGCCGCCGCCGGCCGCCGCCGCCGCCGCCGCCGGAGCGAAGGAAGCGCAAGAGAGAGUGGCCCUGAAGGGGCGGCGAGCCGACAACACAGAGGCAGAGUUGCUUUAAAAAGGUGAUGAUGAUGCUGAUGAUGAUGGUGAGGAUGACGAUGAUGAUGAUGAUGAUGAUGAUGAUGGUGAGGUGGAAAAUUUUUACAGUAACUUUCCAACUUGCUGUGCUUCAACCAAAAAAAAAAAACAACACAAAACAACAAAAAAAACAGAAAAUGAGCAGAAAAGUGACAGAACAAAUUAUGAAGAAGAGUUACUAUUAUUACUAUUAUUAUUAUUAUUACUGUUGUUAUUACUAUGAUUAUUACUAUUAUCAUUGUAGUAGAGUUUUCUAGAGGAAGAAUCCAGGAACUAAUCCCUGUGGUUGGUAAACUGUAGGUGUUCAGCUAAGCCUUCAAGUCCGAUUGCUGUCUUUGACGUUAGUUUAAGAGAAUACUCUUUUUUUUUUUUUUUUUUUUUGACUUGUCUUGUUUCACAAGUGUUUUUCAGUUAUUUAAUGCCCUCGGAACAUUUAUAUUUAUUACUGUUAUUAUUAUACAAUGAGGGCUCUGCUUGUUCUUUUUGUCUUUACAAGUGCAUUUUGUGUAGUUGAUAUUUCUGAUAAUCAGGGAAAUGGAACCGUUCCCAACGUGUUAGCUAAUAUUAUUAUUAUUUUUAUUAUUAUUCUGUGACCUCUGUCAGGAAGUGGAGGAUGUCGUAACUCGUCGCGUCACACACAUUUUGAAGAACUACCUUUUUUAUCUUCCUGAUGCUGAAUGUCCCUUUUUUUUUUUUCUUUAAUUUACUCUGCGUCUCAACCUCUUGACCUAUGCAAAGCAAACAAAUCACCAGGAGACAAAAAAGCAAAAAACAAAAAAAACAAUAGAAAAAAA